AGUUACAGUGAAGUCAGACAGAGAUUUUUCCCUGACGCCGUCUGUUGAUUUGUUUGUUUGUUUUUUUAUCUGUAUAAUUUGUGUCCAUACGAACUUAGCGACUGGAUUCGGAAACAGUGGUUCUAACGAUGAAUUCCAGUUUCGACCUCUCGAGACGCAAUCCGCAAGAGGAUUUCGAGCUGAUUCAGAGGAUAGGAAGCGGGACCUACGGGGAUGUGUACAAGGCCCGGAAUGUCACCACAGGGGAACUGGCUGCCAUUAAAGUCAUCAAGCUGGAGCCUGGGGAGGACUUUGCGGUGGUGCAGCAGGAGAUCGUCAUGAUGAAGGACUGCAAGCACUCCAACAUUGUGGCCUAUUUCGGAAGCUACCUCAGGAGAGACAAAUUAUGGAUAUGCAUGGAGUAUUGUGGGGGAGGAUCACUACAGGACAUAUACCAUGUAACAGGACCCCUGUCAGAAUCACAAAUAGCCUACGUGUCCCGGGAAACACUACAGGGUUUGUACUAUUUGCACAACAAGGGAAAGAUGCACAGAGAUAUUAAGGGUGCAAAUAUUCUAUUAACCGAUAAUGGGUACGUGAAACUAGCUGACUUUGGCGUCUCAGCACAGAUCACUGCAACUCUAGCCAAGAGGAAGUCCUUCAUCGGCACUCCUUACUGGAUGGCUCCUGAAGUGGCUGCUGUGGAGAGAAAGGGUGGGUACAACCACCUGUGCGACAUCUGGGCGGUGGGCAUCACGGCCAUCGAGUUGGCAGAGCUGCAGCCACCAAUGUUCGAACUCCACCCCAUGAGGGCUCUGUUUUUGAUGACCAAAAGUAACUUCCAACCCCCAAAAUUGAAAGACAAAAUGAAGUGGACAAAUAAUUUUCACCACUUUGUCAAAAUGGCAUUGACGAAAAACCCCAAAAAAAGGCCUCCGGCUGAGAAGCUGUUGCAGCACCCCUUUGUCUCUCAGCCUCUAAGCCGGACGCUAGCCAUCGAGCUGCUGGACAAGGCCAACAACCCUGACCACUCCGCUUAUCCCGACUUCGAUGACGACGAGCCUGAGCCCGAGCCUCCUGUAUCUGUGCCCCAUCGAAUUCGCUCCACAGCCAGAAACACCCGGGAAGGGAAGACACUGUCUGAGAUCAACUUCGGACAAGUCAAGUUUGAUCCCCCCCUGAGGAAGGAGACGGAGCCUCACCAUGAGCCGCCCGACACUGACGAUUUUUUGGACUGUGCAGAAGAAAUAUACUACACUGCAAGAUCUAAUCUGGACCUCCCACUGGAGUAUGGGCACGGAUCCCCAGGCAACUCAUUUUUAGGAGGGAAUAAGAGUCUGCUGAAAUCUGUUGAGGAGGAGCUGCACCAGAGGGGUCAUGUGGCACAUUUAGAGGAUGAUGAUGGUGAUGAUGAUGAAACUCAACACUGUUCCAGCUCUACCAUGAGGCCCAAAGUUCCCCCGCCACUACCCCCAAAGCCUAAGUCCAUCUGUGUCCCUCAAGAAAGUCCCCCUGGAGAUGACGACAACAACCAGGGGACCAUCAAGCGCUGCCCGGCGACGACAGAGAGCCCUGCCCGGCCCGCCUCCUAUGUGCCCCCCAGGCCCCCGCCCCCGCGGCUGCCCCCACACAAGCGCAACAGCCUAGGUAAUGAGUCCACACCAAGCGAGGGCUCCUGGGACACGGAAGGGGACACUGGGAGCUUUAGGCAUUUCUGGGAAUGGCUUCAUGCCUCGCAUGAGGAGGACGAGGAAGACGAGAGCAACGGGCUGAAUGCGUCUCAAGUGAACGGAGAGAAGGACAGCACUGCAGUUGAAAGACAGUCCACAAUGCCCCCUGCUGUUCCCAUACGGAAAGAGAAGAAGGACAUUCCGAAGCCCAUAAGCAAUGGUCUACCACCUACGCCAAAGGUCCAUAUGGGAGCGUGCUUCUCCAAGGUCUUUAACGGCUGUCCAUUGAAGAUCCACUGCGCCACCUCCUGGAUCAACCCAGACACCAGAGACCAAUAUUUGAUAUUUGGUGCAGAAGAGGGCAUAUACACAUUAAAUCUGAAUGAGCUGCAUGAGACCUCAAUGGAACAGAUCUUUCCCCGAAGAUGUACAUGGCUUUAUGUAAUGAACAACAGCCUGCUCUCGAUAUCUGGCAAAGCCUCCCAGCUCUACUCUCACAACCUCGCGGGCCUGUUUGAAUAUGCUCGGCAAAUGCAGAAGCUUCCCGUUGCCAUUCCCACACACAAGCUUCCGGACAAGAUCAUUCCAAGGAAGUUUGCGGUGUCCAAUAAGAUCCCGGACACAAAGGGAUGCCAGAAGUGCUGCGUAGUGAGGAACCCUUACACAGGUCACAAGUAUCUCUGCGGGGCCUUCCAGUCCAGCGUGGUCCUGUUGGAGUGGGUGGACUCCAUGCAGAAGUUUAUGCUCAUCAAGAACAUUGACUUCCCCCUGCCCUGCCCGCUGGAGGUGUUCGAAAUGUUGGUGGUUCCAGAGCAGCAGUACCCCCUGAUCUGCAUGGCUGUUAGCAAGGGUACGGAGCUGAACCAGGUGGUACGCUUUGAGACGGUCAACCCCAACUCCACGUGCUCCUGGUUCACAGAGUCAGACACACCACAGACCUGUGUGAUCCACGUGACCCAGCUGGAGAAGGAUACGAUUUUAGUCUGCCUCGAUCGGUGUAUUAAGAUUGUGAACUUGCAGGGGAGGUUAAAAUCCAGCAAGAAACUGUCGGCCGAGCUGACGUUCAACUUCCAGAUUGAGUCGAUAGUAUGCCUCCAGGACAGUGUUUUGGCAUUCUGGAAGCAUGGUAUGCAAGGACGGAGCUUCAAAUCCAAUGAAAUUACGCAAGAGAUUUCUGACAACACGAGAAUCUUCCGGCUCUUGGGGUCCGACAGAGUGGUGGUGUUAGAGAGCAGACCAACAGACAAUCCCACAGCACACAGCAACCUGUACAUCCUGGCGGGACAUGAGAACAGCUACUGACCACAUUGCAUUGUGGGAUUUGUCCAUGCCACAAAGAACACUACUGCUUCAGCAUCGGAGAAUGCUUGGAACGCAUCUUCACUGUGGAAUAGUUGGCUUGGGACUUCUUUUUUUAUUGUUCUUAUUUAUUGUGGCAUGUAACAGAAAGGACUUUCUUCUUUUUUUUAAUAUUUUCAUUUUUUUAAAGUGUUGCCACCACUUAGUAUCUUAUGCUACCACACAAGUGCUUAAUAGACUUAUAUUUAAUCGUUGUAAAUAUUAAUGUAGUAUUUUUUUGAAGCAAGCUGAUUUGAAGUUGUACACUAAAGACUGGUAAUGUAGAUAUCUGUGCAUAUAUGUUGUACAGUUGCCCAGACUGUACAGGUGUAAAGGUUCAUCGUGUGAUGCAAAUAGCUUGGGUACUACUUUAAAGGACUUUUGCAGCCUGCUAAUUUUCAGAAACAUACUGUAAAAGUAUUUUCAGACUGAAAAGGAAAGGUGCCCAUCCUAUUAACACUGAUGUUUUUUUUGGGGGGUUUUAUUUUUUGUUUUUUAUUGCGAGACUUAGUCCUCCAGACAUGAAAACCUUGCUUUUUUAAUUUAGAAACUUUAAAUUAUAAGCCAUUACCCAUUUUAAAUACUUGUGUUUUUAAUGCUAUGGCAUACACUG